AUGACCAAAAUGGUGGCAAAUUACGAAAAUGACGAGUCGGAGCAAUUCCGAACAUUAAGCAAAUUUGCUGGUGAAGAAUUUGACGUUGGCAAUGUUCGAACCGUUUUCGCUGGCGCUUCCAAAGGUUACAUCUUUCUUGGCCUUUAUAAAAAUUUUUAG